AAUAAAAUAGAAAAAAAUCAGUAUUCUGUUUCUUCUUCUUCCUCGCUUUGCGCCGCCUUCUCACAAGACCUCUCAAAUUUCACUCAUAUUUUCCAUUAAUUCCUCCCAAGCAAGCUGCUUCGAUCUUCCUCUUGCUGAUCUCGUUUCUAAUUAGGAUAAAGAAUCUCUGAUAUUGGCUACAAGAGACAUGUCUGAUUCAAAAGAAGAGAAAGCACAGGUCGCAGCUGACAGGAUCAAAGCUGCUGCACUCACUGCUGCUAAAGGUCUGAGCCGUACACAAGCUGAGCGAGCAGCUGCUGCAGCUGCGAGAAACGUCAACGCUUACGGGCAAAAGGAAGAAGGUCCAAGCAGAUGGCAGGAGAAGAGGGAAGCCAAGAGGCAGAUGUAUUUGAUGAGUACAGAGAAAGCUGUCAGGCUUGGAGAAAGGAAAGACAAGUCAAUGUCUGCAUCAGUCGUGGGAGGCAGCUCAGCUGCUUCACAGUGCCAGAAAUGUUUCCAAACUGGACACUGGACUUACGAGUGCAAGAACGAAAGGGUUUACAUCUCGAGGCCUUCGAGAACCCAGCAGCUUAAGAACCCUAAACUGAGAAUGAAGCCUUCUGCUGAUGAUCUUGAUGAUGAUGAUGAUGGUGAUGAUGAGAAGCCAGUUGCAGCAAAUGGGAAAGAAGAAGGUGAGAGACGGUCCAAGAAGAGCAAGAGAAAGCACAGGUCGAAAGAUGAUUCUGGUAGUGACAGUGAAGCAUCUGUGUUUGAAACAGAGAGUAGCGGCUCUGAAUCAUCUGGAGAGAGUAGUUCAGAGUACAGUUCAUCGUCAGAGUCGGAGGAGGAAAGGAGGAGGAGGAGAAGGAAUAAGAAGAAGAGCAAGAAGAAGCAAAAGCAGAGGAAAGAAAGGCGAAGAAGAUACAGCUCUUCUUCAUCUGAGUCAUCCGAGUCAGAAUCAGCUUCAGACUCGGAUUCUGAUGAAGACAGAAGCAGUAGAAAGAGGAAGAGCAAGAGGCACAGCAACAACAAACGUCGUUGAAUUGGUUUUGAAGUGGAUGAAAAAUUUUAUGCCUCUUUUAGAGUGAAUGAAUCAUCUUGAGAUACAUGAAGAAACUCACACUGCUUAUUUCUUAUUUUCUUCUGAAGCUCAACUUUUCUUUUUGUCAGCCAUUUAUGGCUUUGUGUUGUACUGAUAUAUUUGAGAAUCACCCUUAGUUACAAUAAUAGCUCUUGGAGAAAGUUGUAAACCCAAAAGAAAAUUUCCCAUGUUUACAAGACUA